CAUUUACCACUUGCCAUCUGCAAUCACUUUUCCUUCGCCGUCUGCACUCAGCCGUCUGGUCCUCUGAAAGAAUCCAACAAUGGCAGCAAGGUUCAGUAAUCAUCUUCUUUGUCUAUGCUUAAUCUCUUCACUUAUAAUACUCAGAAAUUCAGUAACAGCCAAUGAGCAAAACGGCCCGAAAGCCAUAAUCUCAAGAUUCCAGCAAUACCUUCAAAUCAACACAGCUCAGCCAAACCCAGAUUACCACAAAGCAGUAAACUUCAUAGCCUCUCAGGCUGAAUCUAUCUCCCUCGAAUCCCAGAUCGUCGAGCUCGUAAAAGGGAAGCCAUUAGUGUUGGUGAAAUGGGUCGGGUCGAACCCCAGUCUCCCCUCCAUCCUUCUCUAUUCCCACACCGAUGUGGUGCCCGUCGAGCACGAGAAGUGGGUCCACCAUCCCUUUGAAGCUCACGUCGAUGGCCAUGGCAACAUCUACGCCAGAGGUUCCCAGGACAUGAAGUGCGUCGGUAUGCAGUAUCUCGAAGCUAUCAGGAAGCUCAAGUCUUCCGGGUUUAACCCGGUCCGAUCUGUUUACGUAGCUUUUGUUCCCGAUGAAGAAAUCGGCGGCCACGACGGCGCCGAGAAGUUUGCAUCAUCCGAUGUCUUCAAGAACUUGAACGUCGGCGUUGUGCUCGACGAAGGGUUGGCUUCGCCGAAUGAGAAUUACAGGAUGUUCUAUGCAGAAAGGUGUCCGUGUUGGACGGUGAUUAAGGCUAGAGGGGCUCCUGGGCAUGGAGCAAAGCUCUAUGACAAUACUGCCGUGGAGAAUCUCUUGAAAAGCAUUGAGAGUGUGAGGAGGUUCCGGGCCUCGCAGUUUGAUUUGGUCAAGGCUGGUUUGAAAGCUGAGGGUGAAGUGAUUUCUGUCAACAUGGUUUUUCUGAAAGCUGGAACACCUUCUCCAACUGGUUUUGUUAUGAAUUUGCAGCCAUCUGAAGCAGAAGCUGGUUUUGACAUCCGAGUUCCACCAACUGCUGAUGCAGAAGCCUUGGAGAGACGUAUAGCUGAGGAAUGGGCACCUCUGGCACGAAACAUGUCCUUUGAGUUUAAGCAGAAGGUUUCUGUUGAAAAAGAUGGGAAGCCAAUUAUGACAGCAACUGACAGUUCUAAUCCAUGGUGGGGAUUAUUAGAAGAAGCUAUAAAGAAAGCUAAUGGGAAGGUUGGUAAGCCCGAGAUCUUUCCUGCAUCAACAGAUGCCCGCUAUUUUCGCAAACUUGGCUUACCAGCAAUUGGCUUCUCUCCUAUGACAAACACCCCUAUUUUGCUUCAUGACCAUAACGAGUUUCUGAACCAAGAGGAGUACUUGAAAGGAAUCGAUAUAUACGUGUCAAUACUAAAGGCGUAUACAUCCUACAUUCCGAACACAAGGGGUGCCAUCUCAAGAGACGAGUUAUGAGGCGUCUCCAUAGUUCAACCUUCAAGAGUUCCUGCCUGCAGUUCUUAUGUUCUCUCUAUGACAUGGCAGGAGUUGUAUAAGUAGGUUUCCACCUAUGUACACUUACUCAAUAACAAGGAAGCCUUGGGAUCUCACAUCCACCUGUGGAGAACACAAGGGGUGCCAUCUCAAGAGACUGAGUUAUGAGGGGUCUCCAUAGUUCAACCUUCAAGAGUUCCUGCCUGCAGUUUUUAUGUUCUCUGUAUGACAUGGCAGGAGUUGUAUUUUUAAGUAGGUUUCCACCUAUGGUCACUUACUCAAUAACAAGGAAGCCUUGGCAUCUCACAUUCACCUGUGGAGAACACUAAUUCCUCAUGUCAGUUUCUGAGCUCUGUAAAAUAAUCAACUUUCUUUCAAUUUAUUGCAAAUCCGUCUACAGGAAACUUUUAGUUUGCUCGCCAACCUGCCAGACAGGCACCGAGGGCAUAAAUGCCUAUAAGGCUUUUCGGCC